CUCUCUCUCUCUGUGUUGAAGCUGUAGAUGGGCGGUCUCACUCCGCGCCACGCAGUGUGUCAGUGGACAGCAGCACCAGUUGCGUUUCUCUCUCCGUGGGCAGAAUGUCUCAUGGAGGAGAUUUGGAUGCGUCUGUGAACAUCCACAGGUAGUUUCACAGUCUGCUUCCCCGGCUCCACUUUUGCAUUUUUCUUGCGUAAGCAUAUAAUCGAUUCGGACUCGAGUCUUUUGGUUUUUGUCUAUUUUAACUAAUGCGUUGAGCCGGAUACUUGCAUGCACAUUCUUUUGCAAAACACUGCAGACUGUGCAAUAACCCAGAGGCUAACGAUGCUUGUUUGCAAACAUUUGCAUUAAGUUUUCGAAAGAUUAGAAGAACGCUUGGAUUUUAUUGCAAGUUUGGAUGUGAAGGCGAAAGCGGAAUACAAUGGCAAGCGAUCUGAAGCCUCGGUUGUGUGUGAUGAAGAAAGGAGAGAACGGCUAUGGGUUUCAUCUGCACGGAGAGAAAGGAAAAACGGGACAGUACAUACGGAAAGUGGAGCGCGCGUCCCCGGCGGAGGCGUCGGGACUGCGCGCGGGUGACCGUGUGGUGGAGGUGAACGGCGAGAACGUGGAGAGAGAGACACACCAUCAGGUGGUGCAGCGGAUCAAAGCCGUGGAGCAUGAGACCAGACUGCUGGUGGUUGACCGAGAGACUGACGAGUACUUCCGCAGCCUGCGUCUCACCUGCACGGAGGAAAUGGCCAUCCGGAUGAGCCCUGCAGUCACGACCCCUUCACCUUCACCGUCCACCAGUAAACAGGGCAAUGGCUCGGUUUCCAAACGACCUGAGAUCUCCAAACCCAUCAGGAAACCUCUCUCACGAGCUCCUAAAAAGGAGGUCCAGCCCUCAUCUGAAUCCUCGACCCUGGAGCCGCCUGAGCUUCUGCCGAGGCUGUGUCACCUGGUGCGGUCUGAGGGGGGUUACGGCUUUAAUCUCCACAGCGAGAGGUCCAGACCGGGUCAGUACAUUCGAGCUCUGGACCCCGGCUCGCCCGCUGACCGCGCAGGACUCAAACCUCAGGACAGACUCAUAGAGGUAAACGGCGUGAACAUUGAAAGCAUGAGACACGCUGAAGUCGUGGCCUUCAUCAAGAACGGCGGGAGUGAGACGCGUUUACUAGUGGUGGAUCCGGACACAGAUGAGCAUUUCAAGAAGAUGGCCAUCACUCCCACCAGCAUCCAUGUCAAAGAUUUUGACGAGUCCGUAACGAACGGCUCCAACAGCCCUCAUGUGAACGGGUCGUCAUCCCGAUCCACAUACUCAGACGGCAGCAGUCAGGACACCAACACACAGUUCUCAAGGGAGAGUAGCAGCCAUCUCCUCGACCCGUUUGAAGAAACCGGUCUGUGUCUGAGUCCCACGGCGGCGGAGGCUAAAGAGAAAGCCCACGCCAAGCGCUCCAGAAAGAGAGCGCCCCAGAUGGACUGGAACAAGAAGCAUGAGAUCUUCAGCAAUUUCUGAGUCUUCUUUCCAGAGACGCCCCCUACGUGUGUUGCAUUCAGAGCCCCGGACACGUGACUGCUUUUGAUGAAAAAGAGGCACCUAUUUUGUAGAAAAUGGAAACUUGAAAGCAUAAAAAGUUGAAAAACUCACCGGGAGGGGAUGAGAUGAUUUACACGUUAGGAUUUCUAUCUUACGAAUGGCUAACAAAGUCACAAAUCGAUGAUCUUGCUGCUCGUCUACUGCGUCAUUUUGUGUUCAUGCUGUUCAUUCGAUACAGCUCGUUGACAAUAACUUACAAAAUAGAAUACAAAAGCCAAAUGAGACUAUAAUACAGAACAGCAUACAGACUGUGCUUCUGCAGAACUCGACUGGACACUAAAUAAUGUUAUUCGAUUCAGCACCGAAUUAAAGAAGCUCCUUUCAUGGCGUACAUGUUAUAUGUGAAUCAUCAGAAGAAUUCGAAUUGUUCUUUUGCCAAAAACACAAGCUAUCUGAUAAGUUUUGGUUGUUUUGAAGGGACGUACCACUGCUGGACAUCAUGUUUCUAGGAAUGACUGAGAUUUCAAGAAAGGGGGAGAAACUGGAGCGACCGGGAACUGAGAAUCUGCACUUCUUCACCACUAGAGGACGCUGUUCAUCCACACUUGGGCUUCAUCAUGAGUAAAGCAGAAGAUGUUGAGCCACCAGAGGGAGCAUCGCAACACAUGCUGCUUUCUACUGCAAGAGAAGCGAAACCUCGGCCUCCAACAAGUGCAGAGCUGCAAGAUACACCACAAAGAGUCAUCGCUGUAUUUACAGUAUAGUGUCGACUGGUGCAUUCUGGGAUACUGACAGACAGGUGACAUGCAAGAAGUCACACUCAUGCAAAGCCGAAUCGGCUCAGGAAGCGAAAGUAAUAAACCUCAUAAAACAAUAAAGAGCGGCGCAUGUCUUAUCUAUAGAGGAAUGACAGUAUUGAUGCUGUGACUCAUCUCUGUCAAAGCUGAUUCUGGACACAAGAUUCUCACCCUCAUUUAUUUGCAUUUCAGUAACGCAGACAAUCAUGCGCUAUAUGCAUUUACAGCACUCAUAUCGUGAUAUAUAACAUCAGCAUUACUCUUAUUCAUCUUAAUAAUUCAUGAUACGUUCCAUGUUUGCAAUUUAGUGUCAAUGUAGUCAAGUAGUUCCUGUUUUGUCUUUUCGUUGCUCUCCUAUGCCGAGGUUAAGCAGUAAAGAGAAAUCAUUUCCUGUCCCAAAUAUUCCUAUUAGUAUUAUAUUUUUUUCAAUAAAGUGUGACAGUCACAUUCCGAA